CUUUUCAUUCACAUAACAUUAUCCUUCAACUACUCUUUCAUAUAUUAACUUCAUCAUCAACAACAUCAUGAGUCAGUUUAACAACCAGCAACAAGCACCUAUAUCAUAUCCACCACCAAGUGAGGCUUAUUCUACUUCUCAAUAUGUAGCUGCACCACCACCUAUGGGUUACCCUUCCAAAGAUGCAUCUGAAAGCUACCCUCAACAAAAGAUUCCAGAUCAAACAACAAGCAGAGGUGAUGGUUUCUGGAAGGGAUGCUGUGCUGCUCUUUGUUGUUGCUGUGCCAUAGAUAUAUGCUUUUAAUUUCUCAUUCAUUCAUACAACAUACAUAUAUAGUGUGCUGCUCUAAUGUAUUCUUUGUAGUUUGUACAAGAAUGACAUUAUGGAUUUAUUUAUCCAUUUUUUAUGGAUGAUGAUAUUUGUUUCACUUGUAUUGGAUACUUUAUACUUUAUCAUGUAUUUUUUUUAGUAACUUUAUGUUGUAAUUAGUCGUUGUAGUAUUAAUUUUUUGUGAAGAUUUUUUUAUCUUAUCAUGUCAAAUGGUGCACCAGUAUAAUAUAAUAGUGGUGACUUUUAAUACUUUAUAUUGGUUUGGUACUUAAAUUGAAUUCAUAUAUUUUUCAGAAGGAAUACAAUAUAUUAAUUAAAUUUUUGAUU